AUAUUUCUACUGAUAGCACCGGUAAAGUAUGAAAAUGUGAAAGUUUCAUUUAAAGCGUUUUCGUAUCUUACAAAUUAAGAAAUAAAAGGAUGUCCGUAAAAAUAAAUGUCAAUGGAAAUUUCAAAAAAUGUAGUCGCUCUCAUGCAAUAUUAGAAGAUCCUCAACGUGUAAGAAAAGAGGAAGAAAAAAAUCGAAGAAAAUUACGUUUACUACAGGUCCGGGAAAAAGCAAAAAAUGUGGCUCAAAAAGUUAGAUAUGAAGUUGCUGCAGAAAAAGAACGACAGUUAAAAAAUUUGGAAGAAGCUAAGGCCAAGGAAUUGGAUAUUUGGCGUAAAGACAUGAUUAAGCAACAUAGUCAAGCGUAUUGUUCUGCCAUUGGUAAAAUAGGGCAAGCUCAUCGGGCGGCUAAAAAAGAAAAUCAGAAGUCUGUUUGCGUGAACGCAAAUAGAGCUCCAAGAAAAAUUUAUACUAAUCAAAAGAAGUGUACUUGUUGUAAGGAAUCAAAAUGUAUCAGUACUCAAACAGACAAAGUCCAAAGCGAGGCAGAUAAUGAUGUGAGUAAACGCAGGAAACCACUCAAGUGUGUAUGCGAAAAAGCAGAAGUGGCAAAAGACAACGAAUUUGCCGGUAAACGAAAACGCACUAUUUCUUUUUCCUCAUCCAGCAGCGAUUCAGAGAGUGAAAUAGAUCCAAAAGGACGGUUUGAAUUGGAAAUAACAGAUAGUAGUUGCUCAGACAGUAGCUCACUGUCAUCAACGGAGUGUGUAAGCACGGCAAAGAAAUCGGAAACAGAGAAAAAAGUCUCUCAAAAAAUACCUUGUACAGUUCUUGAUGUUGAAAUUGAUAGCAAUAAUUCUAUCGAGAUUGUCAGUCCUCAUGGGGGACUAGAAGGCCAGAAAGUUAUUAAAAUUCGUCCUAGCAGAAGUAGUAAGAAAGACAAGCAAACUGUGGAGAAAAGAGUACAGGCUGAAUCAGUUUCGCAGAAUUCGUCAGAGCUUACAAGCAGUACGAAUAAAAAAGACAAAAAAAAUGUGGAUAGAAAAGCAGAGUCUGAAUCUGCUCCAGAGAAUUCAUCAGAGUGCAUAAGCAUAUGUUUUAGUCCUUCUAAAAAACCUGCAUUGGCUUCCAAAAAACCAAAUGAAGAGAAACGUUUUACACUUGUUUCCAAUUUGAUAAAGAAACAUCAAAGCACGAAUACUAUAGUGACGCCAGAACUCUCGGAAAAAGAGAAGUCUUCUCCAUCUAAGCAAUCAAUAACAACUUAUACGACGUCUCAAUCUCAUUCAGGUAUCGAAGCACCGGCGCCAUCCCAAAAAACUUCUUCGAUAUCAUUCAAGAAUGCCACAGUGCCACAAUCUCGACAAACCUUCCUUGUAUCAAACAACGGCAGCGGUAGUUCUGGACGGGUGCAAUUUUACGAUUAUAACACUAAGCAGUCCAAGGGCUACCUACAACCAGCACAUGUAACGAUAGAACGUCAACAAGAUCGCUUACAGCCGACGGCAAUGGAAGAUGCUGCAAAAGAAAAACAAUUACAAAAGGAUCGUGACGAAGCACGAAUUAAGCAAAAUAAAAAAAUGGAAGAACGUGGACAAAAAGCACUUGAUCGUGAACAAGUUCGGCAAGACUGCAACGAACUCACCGAAAAAUUGGAAGCUCUCACAAAACAGUAUCCACGCCAGUUGCCAACGCGCGAUAAUACGGAACACUUUUUUGAGGAUAAACGUGUACGUAAUGAGGCGAAACUGAAUGCUGCGGUAGAAGAAUUGUUAAGUCGACCAACAAUAAUCACGUGUUCGGAAAUCUACAAACCAGGGCCUAAUGUAUUAAAAACUUCCACAAAAAGUGCAAAAUUACAAAAUGAAUUAAAUUUAGGUUGCACACCAUUACCAGCGGACGACGUGUCAAGUGAUAGCUGCUGUUCCAUACUAUUGGAUUAUGUUGAAGAUCAAAGCAAACAAUUGUACAGCGAUUUGCAAAAAUCGGAUCAAAAUAAGGAAAAGUCCACACAUCUUAAAAGUUUGUUGAAACGUUUGGAUGAGUUUCGCAAUUGUUUGCUGAGAGAAUUGAAAGAUGAAAGUCAAAAAUCGAAAAAAUGUCGGAAAGAUGACAUGCGGCGUAUAGUGGAGUCCGUUACUGACUUGCUAAAAGAAUGUUACAAUAUCCCUGAAACAAAAACUAAAGAAAAGAUAGAGAAGGAAAGCAUGGAGGAGUCGAAAAAGGUAGUUUUGACAGAUCCAAACAAGGCUUUGGAAAUCGUUAUCACAGUGAAAGGAGAUGAAGGUCGGCAGAUAAGACAUUCUGGUAAAAUUAAGAAAAAACCUGCAAAGACUCCUUCAAGACUGACAGCUCUAGUAAAAAGUCCUCAUAGUAAAAAAGUAAUCCCGUUAAAGAAACAACGAACAUCUUCGCAAAAGCAAGAGUUGAUACGUUUAUACGAUUCUAAUUCCACUUCGUAUCAAAGUUUACCACCGGAAAUGGUUACAAAACUUGACGAUUUAAUGAAACAGCAAUUAUUGGAUAAAACCCAUCAUCACAAAGACAACGAACCUAGUACUGAGAGAAAAGCAACAAAAAGAUCUGCGCCACCGCCACUUAAUCCUCUAACUGCACAGUACAUACAACGUUUAUUGGCAAUGUCACAUGGAGAUAUUCAGAAACUUGGAGUAAGUUCAUCAGAAAUAGAAACACCAAGUUCAUCGAUUAUAAAUACACCAAAUAAUUUAACCAGUUCAUCAGAUAUUGUUUCGAAUGAACGGCUUGAAUUCAUACAGAACUUUAUAGAAGAUAAUCGCAGUUUUAUAAAAGAACUUGAGCACACCUUAGAUACGCAUAACACAUUGCCAGGUGACGCAAGCAUAAGACUUUUGGACGACUUAUGGCGUAAACGGCUUUUCUUUAAAGAGGGUCAAAUGCCUACCAAAAUUAAAGACGAUAAGCAACGCCAUAACGAUUGGGAUGUUGAAAAUCUCCGCCACGCAGAUUCAAUUAUUCAAGAUAAAGCGUCUAAAGAACCGCAUGGUGAGAAGCAGCGCCAUGCAGAUGCGAAUAUUCGAAAGAAACGCCCUCAGACGUUUGACGUUGAAACACGACGUAAUAUGGAUAUUGAUUCUCAAAAGAAACGUCUUAACGUUGUAAAUGGUCAAAAACAAAGUCAAAAAACCGAUAAGAGGCAGAGUAGAGCAGGGCAGCCUAAAUCAAAAAUAAUAAAGCAACGAGAAAGCAAAAAACCGGAAAAAGGACAGGAGGAGGAUCAGGAACAAGAAACAGAGAACGAAGAAGAAGGGGAAGGCGAAGAAAAGGGAGAGGAAGAGGAUGAGGAGGGAGAAAAAGAAGAAGAGGGAGAGGCUUCCGUUGACACUUUAUCUAGCGAAAGUUCAGGCAAAAAUGCUCGUCGUGGAACAGUUGAAAAGCUAACACAAACCUCAUCAACAUUAGAAAAAGCACAAAAAGUAGAUAAAGCUGUAGAAACAAAUAUUGCGGAGACACCUGUUAUCGUAGAGGCUAGCCAAAGAUUAACGGAGAAUUGUGCGCUACGUAUUGCUGAAUUAACAGAACUUAUCAAUCGAGUAAGAGAAGAAAAGCAACGCCUUUUAGAAGUUACGUUAAGCUCGACUAGUGAAACCGGGCUUCAAUCGACAGAAUACUUGGAAUUACCAGAAGGCAGUGGAUCAAAUAAAAGAAUUGAUCUAAUUGAAACGGGGGUAAAUUUGAAGAAAGACAUAGCAAAACUAACUCCUUUGAGUAAAACUCAUGCUAUAGGCGAUAGUCGAGAUAGUGGAAUAUAUGAUUCACGGCCUGCUACUGCUCAAGGUGAACGCACCGACGCUGAACCUGACUCCCGCACAUCUCCAGAACAACACAGCAAGCAACAACGUAAACAAAAACCACCACCCACUAUCCAGCGAUUUAGUCCACAAUUUGCAGAAGCAGAGCCGAUUCACGAGCUCUCUACCAUUUUAGAAGUAGAAACUCCGGCGACAUCACGUAUAAAUGCAGCUCAAAAUGCGGUCGAAAGUGUAAAUGCUCCUCAAUCUCCUUCACAAACGACAUUUCCAACCUUUGAACAAUAUGUAAAGCAAAAUAAUUUAGAUUUAACACAAUUAGACGCCGCGCAAAAUGCCCAAUUGCAUAUAGACUUUUGUCAAUACAUUGACAAACUGCAAAAACAACAAAUAAAGUCACCGCCAAAAUAUAAAGAAUUUCCAACUGCUAAGGAUUACAUGCAACAUUUUUUGGACAGUGACUCCAGAAUAUCCCAAUGUGCCAUAUCAGAGACAAGUACCGAACCUGAGGAGCGAACUGAUUUAAAAACUGUUUCCCCUGUAAAUUUUCCUAAAUCACACGAAUAUACAAUUUGCACAACAUCCGAGUCAACUGAAACUAAGCAACAGUUAAUGAUAUCAAAAAGUAUUGGGAAAUCUUCCUCCUCAAAUGAAUGCGAAUCCAUUAAUAUUGAAGAGGAAUUGAAAAAACGAAAUAUUUUAAAACAACCAUUUCGCUCUAGUGAAAAGAAAAAGGCAGUUAGGACCAGUGCUAAUCCAGAGGCUGAGUUCUUUGCUGACGUCAUGCCCAUAGAAAGCGGUAUUGAAAAGCUGUCAACCUCCGAGCAAACAGCAGACAGUUUGGAAGAUACUUUGAUGCAACUACUAAAGCAAUGGCCUGAAUUAAUACGACGCAACGUCAAAGAAAAUUUAUCUUUCAAACAUAUGGAGAACCAGCCAUGUGCCACCAUGGAGGCCAGUCAAUCCUUGAAUAUACGCGAUUUUCUGACAAGAGAGCUUCUAAAACAUGCCGCUCUAUCUUCAUCACUUAGCUCUAGUAGUGAGGACUCAUUAUGCAAUCAAUUCUUGCUUUCCAUUAUUGGUUCCAUAAGUCCACGACAAAAUGUUAAGAUAGAUAAAAAAACAGCUCCCCGAAUUGUGGAACACCAAGUGACUUCUACACCAGUUGAAGAGAUGCGCUCAACAAACUACGAUUCUUCUGAUAUAUCGUCUCAAAUGUUUACAGGAGAGAGUACAAUUUCGUCGAUUCGUUGUCAACAACAGCAGCGCAAAUGUUCUGUACUAUCUGCAAAUAAUAAAGGCCAUGCCGCCGGUGACAGAAGUUCGAGUACCUAAGUGAAACGUACUAAGAGCCAAUCAUGCGAAAGCAGGUUUGAUUGUAGAUCAUGA